AUGACGAACGAGCGACACCAGAACAACGGCAAUCGUCUACUCGCAUGGCUUGAGACGCAGACACGACCGACUUCACCUCCACCCUCUGCCUCCGUCGCCCUCGUCCUCGCAAAUGAGCUCAUGGAGAAUCCCAAUCUUCAUGAUGCCCGCCCCUCCAGCGGCUCGCCCAUGCCCAUGCCGCCUGGCCCUCCGCCCGUUCCCCAGCUGCCUCCUCAGAUGUUCACCACCGCUGCGCAGCUGCUAGACCUUACCGAUAGUGAGUCGGGGCGAACAUUAUACACUUGAGUGGUGGGACCAACUAGCGUUAUCCUCAGAGAAACUCAUGAUCGCCUUGCGCGAUGGCAGGAAACUCAUUGGCGUUCUGAGGAGCUGGGAUCAAUUUGGUGCGUUCACCGACCAUGGACCUCAUCGACUUCGAUUGACAGAGCGCGCUCAGGCAACCUCGUCCUGCAGGAUACCGUUGAGCGACUGUUCGUUCAGAACCUCUACGCAGACAUCGAGCGCGGCUUAUUCUUGGUUCGUGGCGAGAACGUUCUUCUUCUCGGCGAAAUCGUACGUGCCCCGCCAGCUGGGUUUUUUUGAAUUCGUCACUAAAGCCAUGAUUAGGAUCUCGACAAAGACGAUUAUGUCCCCGAGCCAUUCGAGCAGGCGCCCGUGGAGAAGGUGUUUGCUUUGAAAAAGCAGCAUGAUCAAGAUAGAAAGGGAACCGACAAGUCGAAACAGAAGAAGCUGGCUGAAUUCGGGUUCGAGGGCGAGCAUUCUGGGGAGGUCAUUUUUUGA